UUAAUGUUCUACGUAUACUUCCAUACGUAUCUCAUUAUUGGCGAGCUUCCAUUCAAGGAACAAUGUAUCUGACGUUCUAAUGACUGAGGCCGCUAAUGAAGAUUGCUUCGUGUACUCUCCUGCUCUGCUCGCAGCUGAGUUCCUUCCGCGUGUAUCAAUUCCUGGUGGAACCGCUUAUAUGCUAGUGCUGUAUAAAUAUGCAUACCACACUAUGGUGCACUAUUCUCAGCAUCUACCCAUAUCUAGUAUGAGUCUGAUGACAACCACCUCUCCCACCUCAUCGCACUACGAUAACUCCUGGUGUGCUCCGCCAAAACAUGUUUUCUCUCGUGGCUGCUACAAGUUGUUGUGUAUGAUUGCUAUAUCGAGGUCGUCAGUCGAACACUGGGAAGAGCUCAGACAAAAUUCGAUAAGAUCCAGGCAGGAUCCGGAAGUUUAUCAACGGAGUUCGACAGAAGAGCAAUGGGAGAAGCACAAAAAAAUGGUGAUAGCUCGAUUUCAAAACAUGAACAUCACAGCGGGUCUGGUUUUGACGUCAAGUACUGUUUUCAUGACUACCAAUCCUCCAAUUGAACUUCUUGUGCCCUACACAAAUCACGUGUCGUAUACUCUCGAAGUUUUCUCUUUUGUAGCUGCAUUGAUCAGUCUGAUCGUUGGUACUUCUGUCGUCAUCAUCUAUGACCCUUGCUAUGCACACGCAGACAUAUUGGAAUCGUUCAAGGAAUCCCGCUUGCGCCUUAUAUGCUGCCUUAUGCUGAUGGCGUUUCCUUCACUGGCUCUGGUAGCCUCGACACUGGCUUUAAUGGCAGCCGUAUUUAUUGCAGGCAUCACAUCCGACAAGGUUUUCAUGAAAGCCAUGUCUGCAGUAACCUGUGUAAUAAUUUAUAUCCUGCUUAUGGUCGCAUUCUACGUAUUCAACACUCCUCUAAAAAAGGUUGCCCGUUACAAUGCUCAUGCCACUGACAUGCUAGAGGUGGAUUCCAGAGGAGGAAGCCUGAGGCACAGGCAAGCUGCCAGUCUAGAAGGAGGAUCGCCUUAUUAGCUAGCGGUAUAGACGGACAUGUUCCUGUUGAUGGCUCAUUUUUGACAUUACCGGUGCCUCGCAUUG